AUGAAGUAUUUAGUCUUUGGGUUGAUUCUUUGGGCUGCUGCUUCUGCAGUUGUUGCCCAGGGUGGUGUGGGGGACCGGAUUAUUGGUGGAUACGCUUGCCCAAGUAACUCCAGAGCUUUCCAAGCAGCCCUUGUGAGAGGACGCAAAGGCAACUGGAACAUCUACUGUGGAGGGAGUUUGGUGCAUCCAUGCUGGGUGCUCUCAGCAGCCCAUUGCAAACCCAGGCCAGGAAUGAAGGUCUGCCUGGGGAAGCAUAACCUGAAGAAGGUUGAAAACACAGAACAGUGCUUGGAUAUUGCUGAAGUUAAAGUACACCCAGAGUAUGACCGGAAAAAAAAUGACAAGGAUUACAUGCUCCUCCGGCUUAAACCUUGUGCCAAGAUUUCAGAUGCUGUGCAGACCGUUCAGCUUCCUUCGGGUUGCCCUAAUGAUGGGAAGCGGUGUACCGUCUCCGGAUGGGGCACCACAAGAUCACCUGCAGCACAGCUUCCAGCUCAGCUACAGUGUGCAGACGUCAACGUCAUCCCGGAACAGAAAUGCAAUAAAGCAUAUCGUGGUGCUAUCACCCCAUUCAUGGUGUGUGCCGGAGUGCCUCAGGGAGGCAUCGACUCUUGUCAGGGCGAUUCUGGAGGCCCCCUUGUCUGUGAUGGCCAGCUUGAAGGUGUGGUUUCCUGGGGGACAUUUGUAUGUGCACAGAAAGGGAAUCCAGGUGUCUAUGCCAAAGUCUGCUGCAUCACACCCUGGAUCCAGCGCACCAUCCAGAGACAGUGUUGAGAUGCCAAACUCAGUGGGGGGGAAAAAA